AUGUCGACCAUGCAGUUCUGGAAGCCGGGCACGACUGCUCCAGGGAGCACGUUAGAUCGUGCCACUCAGGCCGAGGAUAACAUCAUUCACUCAGCACCUGCCUCGUCCAACUUGGGUAUUCAGGCGCAAAGGGAACGGCUGCCUAUAUUUAAGCAUAGGGAAAAGAUCCUUUACGCUGUCGAAAAGUAUGGAGUGGUUAUUAUUGUCGGACAAACCGGGUGCGGAAAAACAACUCAACUACCGCAGUAUUUGUACGAGGCUGGAUGGGCCGCCAAUGGAAAUGUCAUUGCAUGCACACAACCACGGCGAGUCGCUGCUACAUCUGUUGCGGCCCGUGUUGCCACAGAAGUUGGGACCGUUCUGGGCGACGAGGUUGGAUAUACUAUCCGGUUUGAAGACGUUAGUAGCAAAAGCCGAACACGCAUCAAGUAUAUGACGGACGGAAUGUUAUUUCGAGAAACUAUGCUUGACCCUUUGCUCAGCAAGUAUAGCGUGAUAAUGGUUGACGAGGCCCAUGAGAGAAGCAUCUAUACAGACCUUUUGCUUGGAGUUCUAAAGAAGAUCCGUCGCAAACGACCAAGCCUUCGCCUAAUAGUUUCGUCUGCAACACUCGAGGCGAAGUACUUUUUGGAAUAUUUCAAUUCUGGACCACCAGUGGCUGGCAUUGGUGGUUCUAUUGCCCCAACGGACAACCCUAUUGAUGAAGCGACUAUUGUCAGCCUGGAAGGACGCAUGUACCCGGUGGAGGUUGCUUACUUGAAGGAACCCACCGAGGAUUACGUCUCAGAGGCAGUACGUGUCGUUUGGGGACUUCACAUGCAGCCCGGUCAGGGUGAUAUUCUAGUCUUUUUGACCGGUCGCGAAGAGAUUGACCGAUGCCUUUCUGAGCUCUCUGAACUGGUGCCUAGACUUCCACGUGGUGCUCCUGAGUUGGUUCCUCUACCAUUACAUGCUGGGCUUUCCACGGACGAUCAGCUGGCGGUAUUUCAGCCUGCUGAAAGAGGAACGCGCAAGGUCGUAGUUUCAACCAAUAUUGCUGAAGCUAGUGUUACAAUCGACGGUAUUAGGUUUGUUGUGGAUUGCGGCUUCGUAAAGAUUCGGACUUUCAACCCUGCGAAUUCACUCUCGUCGCUCUCCAUUGUGCCUACAUCCCAAGCAUCAGCUACCCAACGCUCUGGCCGUGCGGGGCGCACUGCACCGGGUAUAUGCUACCGGCUGUACCCCGAAUUCGCAUUCAAGACCCUUUCUAAAGCUACUCCACCCGAAAUCACUCGUACGGACUUGACGACUCCGCUAUUGCAGUUGAAGAGCUUAGGUAUAAAUGAUCUGAUGAAGUUUGAAUGGCUCAGCCCUCCACCAUCGGAGAGUUUACUGAGGGCGCUUGAGGGGCUUAUACGAGCUGGAAUGAUAGAUCAAGACGGAGUAUUAACAGAAGUCGGAGCCAAGGUGUCUGAAUGCCCUGUGGAAGUAACGAUUGCUGGCAUGCUUUUCAGUUCCAAGGAAUAUCGAUGUGGUCAAGAAAUCCUUACGAUCGCUGCGAUGACAUCUGUACAAGAUGCGUUUGUUAUCCCUGACGGCGCAGCUGGAGCAUUGGCAGAACUGGAGAGACGGAAAUUUACGGCUGAGGAAGGGGACCACCUUACGCUUCUUAACGCAUAUAACGCGUUUGUUCGCUACGGCCAAUCCGCUUCUUGGUGUCGUAACCACGCACUCAACUUCCGCGCUCUUUCUCGCGCCGUGUCCAUUCGCACUCAACUCAAGAAGUACAUGACUAGGUUUGCGGAUAUUGGAGGAACGGAGCCAGGUGGUCUGCUGACGGGACGUACCGUUCUGUUCGAGGAGAUACGGUGUUACAUGUGCAUCCUAACUCCGUAUGUUUACCGUAAGCCAAGGACAGGUUGGGUUGUCUAUCAUGAAAUGGAAGAAACCAAGAAAACACAAAUCCGAAUUCUAACAGAGAUCGAGCCCGACUGGCUCUUGGAGUACGGUCAUAAGUACCUGGAUAAACGAAGCAUGUAG